CCGUAUGCCUUUUGAGCAGAGCGCAUGGCGUUUAUGGCGUUUCUUUGCUGCCAUGAAACUUGAGGUCUCGGCAACCCGCAAACGCGCGAUAAAGAAGAGGAGAGCUUUCAACAGGGAGACAGCAGCUCUUGUGACAACAUCAGUAUGGACACUGCCAUAGAUUUGGAUUACAGGAUGUAGAACUGGAUGCAAGUCAAGCCCUAAUCGCAACUUGAAAGACCACGCUGCUCUUGAAGCACAGACCCCUUUCACAUCAUUCGUUACUCCUUUUUUUCAAAGUUGUGAUUGGGAACUGCCAAGUCUUGCUUACCGUCCUUUCUUUGCCUUAUGUUUUCUUCUCUGGAUGGUGUUCCAUGAGCUUGGUGCUCCAAAUUCCAGGUCCUUCGCAGCCUUUGCGCCCCCUUGCCGCGUGAAUGAUGCGGCGCUGGUGCCUGCCAGUGCUGGCGGCCUUGGUGCUUGGCACACAGCUGGACUUCUUACUGCUGGAGCCGGAGGAGCUCGAAGGGCGGAGGCGCGCCGUGUUGCCUUUCACGGAUCCCCGGGUGAAGGCCAUCCAGUUCGGGGCCGCUCCUUUGGGCGAACGACCCGCGCGAGGUGUCAUCUCCAAUGUGGCAUCGUGGGUGAAGGCAUUGGCGACGCCGAGGUGGCGGUCCUCCAGUGGAAGGGGCUGAGCUUUCCACCUGGACGUCGUGGUGUUCGAGCCAGGCCGGAGCCCAAGUCACUGGAAGUGCUCCUGAAAACCAGCGAGCGGCGGGAUCCAGGCUUGCCAAAGCCACGCAAGCACCUGCUGUUGGCGAUUCCCAGACCCUCUCGACUGGAGCGAUUGCUGCCUCACGUGGCGCACAUGGGCGUGGGGCAUCUCAUCCUCACGGGCGCCAACAAGGUGGACGCCAAGUACUUCAGGAGCCAUGUGAUGGAGGGCUCGUACUUGCGAAGAUGCUUGGGAUUGGGCUUGGCAGGUGCAAAGGACACCACUAUGCCCCAAGUCACCAUCCAGCCCAGCCUCCAGGAGCUUCUGCGAGGUCUCGAGCAGAUCCUCCCUGGUGAUGUCACCCGAUUGGUGGCCCAUCCCGUAGAGGAAGAGGAGGGGCCCGCGCUGCGACCCUCCUCCUCAGAGGUUUUGAUGGCCAUCGGCCCCGAGGCUGGCUGGGAAGAGUCUGGAAGCUCAACAACAUGUGUUCUGCCACAGCCUGGGGGACAAUGGGGACGACGCGGACCGGUUGUAUUCUCCCUUUGGUCGGAACUCAACGCGCUGCAGAGCUCCGGCUUCCGCACGGUCUCCCUGGGGCCGCGGACCCUUCGCACGGACGUGGCCGCCGUGGCGGCGUUGGCCUUGUCAGAUCAACUUGUGGCGCCGCUGAGAGGAGAGCGCCAGUGACGCCGAGAUCAGCGUACAGAAG